UUUUAUUUAAAUUAGAUAACAUUUUAGAAUUUAAUGUUUAAUGUAUUAGCUUUUAUGUUAUAAUUACUAUUUAUAUUUUUUUAUUAAUUGAUUUAUGAGUAGAUAAAUAGUUAACGGUGUUUAAAAAAAAUAUGAUUUUUAAAAAAAUUAUGCGAACAUAUCUAAAUUGUCAAGUAAUAAAAACAGAAAUAAGUGUAUAUUAACUAAUUUAUUUUGGUGGACCACAAAAAUGUUUUUAUUUGCUGUUCUCUGGUCCUAUAAAUAUUUCAUGAAUUGUUUGUAAAAUGAAAAAAAAACAUUUUGAAAAAAUUAGUUAAAUUAUCUAAAUUAACUAAAAAAUAUUCAAAAUAACAAAUAAAACAAACUACAAAAAUCUUUAGAAUAUUAUAAAAUAUCUAAAUAACUUUGAUUACGUAAAAACAUUAAUUUAUUUAACUAAUUUUGAAUAUCUUCGGAUUCUAGUUUAGAUUUCGGUUCGGAUUAUACCCAUACUCUAAAGUACUAAGUUCAUAAAUUUCGUUCGGAUAUUUUUGUGUAGCGGUUUGGAUCCGAUUUUGGCUUUUUUGGUCCAGAUUUAGAUAGAUAUUUCGGCUUCGGAUAAAAAAGAUUGAAAAUUUAUAAAACAAUAAAUCUUAAACAAAUGGGGUAAUUUAACAAGAAAACAAAAUAAUUUUUUUUUUGGUCAAGAAAACAAAAUUAAUCUAAAAAAUCACAGACCAGGAGCUAAAUUGAUCUGAUCAUCCCGGUUCACCGUAGAAAUCUCAACGUUGAAUGCUUUCCUCCACAUUUUCUCGAUCAUAGCGACGGAUUAUUCUCUCGCCGGCGUUGUUUACCUCCUGCUGAUACCUCUGUUCCCUUGCUCUCACGAACACAACGUAGAUAGAAGCUCAGCUCUCUGUGAAUCUGACUGUGAACGAGACAUCGCCUUCGUUCGAAACGACGCCUCACAAAUUGGCUCUCUAAUCACGUGAUCAUUCCAAUCAUCACGUGAUCUAUGAUCGUUAUUUCGCCAGGGACUUAAUUGAGUCAGCUUCUAUGCUUUUGCUUGGUGGUGGUGCCUCAGGCUGAAUAGUUAAGGAACACAGCUAUUGACUAUUGUAAACGAUGUUAUCAUCAAGGUUCUCGUUUUUGGGGAUGAGCAGUUUUAACGAAGUUAGUGAACCUUCGGGCGUUUCUGAAAGCAAGGUUAAACCAACUCUGAGUUUGCAGACGGAUAAAGAUGUGUACAGGCCUGGAGAUUUCAUAUUUGUGACUCUUGAGGUUGGUUAUUCACCUGGAAUGGAUCAUGAGAACGGGGCUAAUCCCUCGGUUUUGGUGGAAAGGCUUAGUUUUGAGGUAAAAGGAGUAGAGAAACUGGAAACUCAGUGGUUUUCUACGCAAAAGUCAUCACCAAGGAGCAAAGGACGAAAAGGUGAACACAUCUUUCUAGACAGUUCAACACCAUCCUUGAUUUCUAAUCAACUCUUAUCCCCUGGGGCUAAGAUGACAUUAAUGGUUCGAGCUAUACUCCCACCGAUUAUACCACCUUCCUAUAAGGGUGCUACUUUACGUUACCAUUACUACAUAAAGAGCACAUUAAGUGGAAGAUUGAUGGCGUUAGAAAACAGUCAAUUUUACGAAGAGUCGACAAAAGAGUUCAUCGAAGUGAACACUCGAGUCCCAAUCCAAGUAUGGGCAGAUCCGAAAAAUAACGGGUUGCUUUUAGAGGAUAGUCAAACCGAUGGGAUUGUUCCAACCAGUACCAUUCAGACAGAAAUAUACUGGAAAGGGAUGGAUGGAGACUCUGAAUGGAUAAGAGCAAAUGACGCAUAUGAUAAUGGUGAGGAUGGAUAUGACAGUUCACGCGAUGAGAUCUCCUCAGUUUCUUCCUAUCCUAACAAAGGAAAUUUAAACAGAACUUUUGGCAGUUCAUCGUCCUUGAAUUCUGGACCGCGCUUAUCAAUGAAAGGCACGUCAUAUAUUGAAGAAGGUGUUGGAUCAUCUCCAAAAGAGAUAGUUUCUCAGUUGUCAGCUGCUGUGGUGUCUUAUGACCCUGGACCUGUAGAUGGCUUUUAUCCUGGUAAAUCAUCAGAUUCCGUGAUUCGGAGCCAACAGCUCAACCAGACAAAUGGCUCUGGAGCAUCUAACUCCCCUGAAGCUGGAGCUGGAGAACCAAUUCCAUCAGAAAGAUUUACACGAGGAAGAUCGUAUAACAUCAGAAUGGAUGAUCAAGUCCUUCUUAGAUUUUCCCCGAAGAAUACCGACUCUACGUAUUACUUCAGCGAUAACAUUGGUGGAACUCUUACUUUCUUCCAUGAAGAAGGAGCUAGAAGAUGUCUUGAGGUCUCGGUUACACUGGAAACUUCAGAAACAAUAAACAGAAGAUUUGUUCAUCCCUCCAGGAGAAAUUCUCCAACGCAUACCAAGGUCCAAAGCGAUCACCAUGAAGUGGUUGCAGACCUUAUUCAGACGAGCUUUCUGUUUUCGAUUCCCACGGAUGGUCCGAUGUCGUUUACAACACCCCGUGUUUCUGUGCAAUGGAUUCUUCGUUUUGAGUUCCUAAUUACCCCAAAGGAUGUGGAUUUGAGCAGGUAUGAACAUCCGUUGUUAAUACGGGAAAGGGAAAAAUGCGAAUGGGUUCUUCCGAUCACGAUACAUGCACCACCACCCCGAACGUCAUCAGCUGCUCAAAACCGAGGCGAUAAGCUCUUUGGUUUGGAGCCUUCUUGGGUUCGUAGCUAAACCACACGUUUUUUUUUUUUUUUGAAACAACACAUGUUUUUCUUCAUUUUGCUAGUUUUUAUGCAAAACAAAAUGAUCUUAUGGUUUGGGAGGGAGGAAGGGAGCUUAACGCAAAUUGUUUUACUUAUGUUUCCAACGCACGUGUAAUUCCUAAAUAAACAUUGAACAAAUAAAUAGAUUCCAAAGUGAACCAAAUUAGUUGCACAAAAAAAAAGUGAACCAAAUCAAACCAACUGUUACGAUAUUUUAUUUCAAAUAGAAUCUACAUUAUCUCUUCAAAUCCAAACCUAUAAUCAGAACACAAUAAAUAGAAUGUCAAAUACCUACGUGUAUCUGUCCAAAAGUGUACAACAUUUGUAUCAAGCUAAUAGAUUAAGCUACCGGUUAAAAGUUGCACAAGACAGUUUGGCCGAGUGGUCUAAGGCGCCAGAUUUAGGCUCUGGUCCGAAAGGGCGUGGGUUCAAAUCCCACAGCUGUCAACAAUUUUAUUUUAAUUUCCCUACAUGAAAAUAAAUGAAUAAAAAUCAUUUUGCCAGGUAUCCGUCGUAUGACCCAAACAUCUUAACUAUCCAAUUUUUUUUUUAAUGUUUCUUAAAGCUUUUGGUUAGUAGUGGUGUACGCUAAUGAAUGACCUGGUGGGAUUAUGGCUCGGCUCUUAUUUGAUUAAGAACAUUCUUUCGUUGACUGCUGUGAUGCAAAGGAGUUCUCUGGCAUCUCAUACGACCCCAUUCCACUUUUUUUCCCUUUGAACCUCCAAAAAGCUAUACUUCUGAUUUUUUACCUUCAGAAGAGUCAUGUUCGUCUUUUGGCUAUUGAACUUUUAGUAACCUUCUAAUAAUAUUUGUUUCUGCAGGACAUUAUGGACGACAGAAUCUAACAUUGUCUGAGCAAUGAGGAAGGUGAUACCUUAUGCAGACGAAUGUCUGGUUUGUGCUCGAACAAACAAGUGGAAGCUCUACAAUAGUUUUAAUUAGGUUCGAAUGUAAAAACGUUCCUUUUUUGUAUAUGUGAUGAUUUUCAUUAACCUUGCGCA